UCUGUACCAUUUUCCUUGUACGUUAUAGGCCUUCGUGCCUGUGUUACGGCCCCGUCGGAGGUAAGCAACACCUCUCGUCCAGCGCCCCACCCAUCAACUCAGACUUCAAAGACAGACCCUCCCGUACCCUCCCUCCACAAGUCAAUCCCGAACCACCAAAUUGUCUAAUUAAUCACUACAUGGCCUUAAGUAAAUCCAGCGAAUUGAUAAUACACCACACAGGGAAGCAUGAAGUGAAAAUUGACAGUACACACUUAUGCGAGCGUGUGGCGAAUGGGCUUUGAAUGUUUGUUAUCUCCUUUGUCAGCGGCGAAGUGCGCUGAUCACUUCGUUCCUAUUCGUCAGUGAGCUCCUAUACCUACAGACAUAUCCACACACUAAAGUAAAAUCCGACUUUAAAGCCAUUGUCCAUAGAAUAAAUGGAUUUUCUAUCCUCAGGUGCGAACGAGUCGCGUAGGGGGCCUGAUGGAGAUGUGAGGACUCUCUUGUCCGGGACUUGCAGUAGCGGCUUCCGUCCUUUUGUAUAUAAACUGAGGAGGACAUGGCGAUUGAUGUGAGUUUGGUAUAUACACGUAUAUAAACACAGAGCACAAAUCAAGAAGUCGUAAUUGAUUUCUACACAUUUACCUAUCUCAUUACUAUCAUCCACUUGUCGAUACCACAAAGCAAGGUUUGAUGAGCCUCCUCGACCGUAAACGAAAACAAAAUGUCCAACCCACAGCCCCUACUCAACAAAACUGCCCUCAUCACCGGAGGCUCCCGGGGCAUCGGCGCUGCAGUAUCCCUCCACCUCGCCUCUCUGGGCGCCAAAAUAGUAGUAAACUACUCAUCCAACUCGCGCGCCGCCGACGCCCUGGUAUCUCAGAUCGGUGCCGACAAAGCCGUAGCCAUCCAAGCCGACGCAGGAAACUUGCAAGACGUUGAGCGACUAGUACAAGAGACGAUAUCAUGGGAACACGGGAACGGGAAGAUCGACAUCUUGAUCCCAAACGCGGCGAUUGGGUUGUUGACGUGUACAUUGGACAAGACGAGCGAGGAGGAUUACGAUCGUAGCAUGACAUUGAAUGUGAAGGGACCGUAUUUUUUGUGCCAGAAAGCAACUCCCCAUAUGCCUGCUGGCUCUUCAAUAAUUCUGGUCAGCACGUCUCUCACGGGCUCGACGCAGGUUACGCCAAAUUACCUUCUCUAUUUGACCACCAAGGGCGCUGUUGAGCAGAUGACACGCGUCCUGGCAAAAGAUUUGGGUCGGAAAGGCAUUACCGUGAAUGCUAUCGGCCCUGGUCCCACGGCUACAGAUAUGUUUUUCGAGGGGAAGAGCGAGGAGUUGGUCAAGACAAUUGCCAGCUGGAAUCCGUUUGGGAGGCUGGGAACACCCGAGGAGAUUGCAAGGGCGAUGGCAUGGUUGGCUGGUCCAGAGAGUACAUGGGUCAAUGGACAGAUAAUCAAGGUCAAUGGUGGCAUGGUUGUUUGA